AUGAAAUCUUGUGGCAUUGUUACUUUGGUUUUUCUUGUAGCGGUGUACAUUCAUGCGCCUAAAGUGGAAGGUUCGCAAUUGUUCGUCAAACGAGCAAACAACGAUCAAAGUAAUCUCGACGUAUUCUGUGCGGCGACUGGUGGAGACCCUUUGAAACAAAAGCCCACUUGCAAGAAAACGGGCACUAGUUCAAAGGAGCCGCAACUUAUAUGCACUAAAGUGGACUCAAAGUCAACAACAGCCCCAGCAGGCGCAACAGCCAGAGGUGAACUUGGAUGUAGUGACAAAGCGAAACUUGAAAUCAAAUUCAAAGAUUGUGAUAAAAGUGGAAAGAAACCAACCAAGCUCUUUUGUGAAUUGUCUGCAAUUCCGAUCUCUUGCAAAAAAGGUGCUGCAGCAACUCCUGUUGUUAACCCACCUUCGGUCUUAUGUGUUACGAAGGGUACAAAACCAACUUCAUCAAAAGCUCAAUGUGUACCAUCAAAGGAAGAUCCGACUGGCAAGUUUACUGGCACAAUCCAAUGCAACAAGAAAGAAACAAUGACUUUUGUAGGUAGCAAUUCCAAAAAUCCCUGUAACGACAAAGCUGGUCAGGGAAUUCUGUUUUGUACUCCUCCUACUGAUCCUAAUAAAGCUGUGAGACAAUGA